UUACGCACCUCCUGCGACUCAAUGAGCAAGCAUCUGUGAGAGUGGAUAUACAUCGAAUGCUAAGCGAGAAGUGAUCUGCAGAUUGUUAAGGACUAAAGAGACCUUUCUGAAGGGAUAAAAUACUUUUUGGAGGUUCUGACUGGAUUUAAUAAUGCAUAAGCCAUGAAUCUGUUAUUUUUUCCACUGACGCCGAUGGCUGUGUAGUAGCUCUCCACAAGUCCAAUUUCAAUUCCAAGCAACAUAACAAACGACUGUGCCAACAAAAUGCAGAAGCAAGUGGAGGUCAGGAUGGAUGAGAACCACCUGGAGCCCAGAGUGGAAACUCCUGAGAGUGCAUGUGGCGGGGUGUGUGAUAAAAUCAUGAACAACAUGGUUCUCACUCUCACAAUCCUCGGUGUGUUUCUGGGUUCCAUUUCUGGAAUGCUACUGCGGCACAUAUCACCUCUCCCUCCUGAUGUUAUUAUGAUCAUCGCUUUCCCUGGAGAGAUCCUAAUGAGGAUGCUGAAGAUGCUUAUUUUGCCUCUUGUUGUUUCCAGUCUGGUCACAGGACUGGCUGGUUUGGAUGCCAAAUCCAGUGGUCGCCUAGGCACCAGGGCUAUGGUGUACUACAUGUCGACGACUGUGAUCGCAGCCGUCCUGGGAGUGGUCCUGGUGCUGCUCAUCCAUCCCGGUAACCCCAAGUUGAGGGCUGGUCUCGGACAGGGAAAGAAGAACGACGACGUGUCCAGCGUGGAUGCUUUCUUCGAUCUCAUCCGAAAUCUUUUCCCAGAGAACUUGGUGCAGGCGUGCUUUCAGCAGGUAGGAGUCUUAACAGAGGUUUUCACCCACCUUAAGAAGUCUGAUUCAUAUGUCAGGUGCUCCAACUGUUUGUUCUUUUCUUUGCUUCUUGUUCAGAUCCAGACAGUAAUCACCAAAGUACCAGUGCCCACUAACAGAACCAAAGCACCUCCACAGUUCACUGUCAAAAGGUCGCUUCAGUUCAAGAGUGGGAUGAAUGUCCUGGGUUUGAUUGGAUUCUUUGUCGCUUUUGGAGUCAUCAUGGGGAAAAUGGGAGAAAAGGCCAAACUGAUGUUGGAGUUUUUCAACGUCCUGAAUGAAAUUGUUAUGAAGCUCGUUGGCGCAAUUAUGUGGUACUCCCCUGUUGGUAUUGCCUGCCUCAUCUGUGGAAAGAUCAUCUCCAUUGCUGACUUGGAGGUGGUUGCGAGGCAGCUGGGGAUGUAUAUGGUCACUGUGAUAGUGGGUCUCAUCAUCCAUGGAGGCAUCUUCCUUCCGCUAAUAUAUUUUGUGAUAGUAAAAGAAAAUCCCUUCACGUUCUUCAUGGGGAUAUUCCAAGCUUGGGUCACAGCACUUGGAACAGCGUCCAGUGCCGGUACCUUGCCUGUUACGUUCCGAUGCUUGGAGGAGAACCUGGGCAUCGACAAGAGAGUAACACGUUUUGUCCUCCCAGUGGGUGCAACCAUCAACAUGGAUGGCACAGCGCUUUAUGAGGCUGUGGCUGCCAUCUUCAUCGCUCAGAUGAAUGGGAUUGACCUUGAUUGGGGCCAGAUUGUUACUGUCAGUAUGACAGCUACCCUGGCCAGUGUUGGAGCAGCCAGUAUCCCCAGUGCUGGACUUGUGACCAUGCUUCUGAUCCUCACAGCAGUGGGGCUGCCCACUCAGGACAUCAGCCUCCUGGUGGCUGUCGACUGGCUGCUGGAUCGUUUCCGCACAUCAGUUAAUGUGGUAGGGGACUCCUAUGGAGCAGGUAUCGUGUACCACCUUUCCAAACAUGAGCUGGACUCCUUCGACUCCCAACAGGCCCGGAUAGAUGACUUUGAGAUGGCAAAGACUCAAUCGUUCUUUGAAAAUAACACCAACCAGAAUGUAUACUCUCACCACAACUCAAUCUUGAUAGACGACUGCAAGGUCACCAUGGGCAAAAAUGGCAAGACUGCAGAGUUCUCUCUUGUUGAGGAGGGACCAUGGAAAUGCGACUAAAGCAGAUCCAGAUGCUGCUGCGCCUUACCCUGAGUUCUGACAGCUUUUACUUUCUGCCGACACAUCUAUAAAUAAACGAACAAAAAAAUUAUAUACAAAAAGAAGAAAAAAAAGAGAGCGUUAGCAGAGUCAAUCGUACCACAAGAACAGUCGGCCAGUCUUUCAGUUACCCAUCCGGGUAGCUACUGGAGCAAACAACAGCUGACUCACCAACUUGUAUUAGAUCUUGCAUUUGCACUAACUAGACACAACCUGUAACGAACUGGUGCAUUUCAUGCACUUUGCACAGAAGAAUAAAUCAUUAAGUUGACAACACUCAGGGCCUUACUUGGUGCUGCUGCAAGCUUCCUGUUCUGUCAACAAAAUAAUUCUUCUACCUUGUGCAACAUCUCAUUUUUUUUUGUAUUGAAGCAUUUUUUUUGUAGCUAAAGGGCAGAGUGAUGAUGGUUGAUGGAUGGAUGAUGGCCUUGCUGGUUAAAUUUAAUACAAGGACCAAGUCAGAGAUAAUAAAGUUGGUGUAAAUUAACUCAAAACAAAUUAGCAUAUUCAGCUUAUCAGAAUUUGACAGAUAUUACCGAAUCACUAUCAACGCUGUCUUCUUAAGAAAUGUUCAUAAACACAGUUUCAAAAAUAAUACAAACUGAAUUUAUUGAAUUUGAAUGAAACAAUGUUUAAUGUGUGGCAUCAUGAUGUAAGCACAGGUUGGUUAAACACUUUGACUGUUUGGCUUAUGGGAUUACACUUUGGCGUCGCACACAUGGUCAAGCCUAAGAAGCAAAGAUUAGGACU